AUGAAGAAAGAGCGUGCGUGCGUGCAUGGUGAGUGCGAGAGUUUUUGCGUGCGUGCGUGCGUGCGCUUGAAAUCUUGUGCGCUGCUCGUCCAGCUUCUUCUCCUCAUUCCCGACCACCUCCCGUUGACCGGUUCACGUCUUCUAAUCACCACUCAGUCUCCCCAGCAUUCGUCAAAAUGUGAGUCGUGUUGCUGUGAUACACACGGGAAGCUCAUGGUGCCAGCUAGUUGGCCAGCGAUUGACGCUUUCUUGCCUUUGCGCUCUCUAUCUCUCUCUCUGAAUGCAGGGGCACAGUUGUACGUCGGAAGCGCGAUGGGAAGGUGACGUGCACCAUAUGCUGAUCCCUGCUCUCUGCUCUGCCUACAGGUUGACCCCUCCAAGCAAGGCACCAAGAGCCUCAGUGGCUUCGCCACUGACUUCCGUGAGUGGACUGACUUCGCACGCACCUCGUCGAGAUGCGGGCGUGAGAGCUAGAAGCUAAAGCCAAAGUGCCUUUUUUCACGCAGUCAUGGGUGGUGUCUCCGCCGCUGUCUCCAAGACUGCUGCUGCACCCAUUGAGCGAGUCAAGCUCCUCAUUCAAAACCAAGAUGAGAUGAUCAAGCAGGGCCGUCUCGCUUCUCCCUACAAGGGUAUCGGUGACUGCGUGAGUUUGCACAGGCGCUAGAUUCCACUGAUUGAGCUGAGAAAGAGGCAUGCGAUCUAAUGGCGUCUUUUACUCCUGCAGUUCGGCCGCACCAUCGCUCAGGAGGGCGCCGUCUCUCUCUGGCGUGGUAACACCGCCAACGUCAUCCGGUGAGUGUGUUUGCAUCCUUCGGUGUCUUUGCACAAUUUUGCUGAUCCGUGCAAACCCGGCACGCGUGCAGUUACUUCCCCACCCAGGCGCUGAACUUUGCCUUCAAGGACUUCUUCAAGAGUCUCUUCAAGGUCCCCAAGAGCGACCCUUACUGGAAGCAGCUGUCGGCCAACCUUGCGUCUGGUGGUGCCGCUGGUGCAUCUUCUUUGCUCUUCGUCUACUCUCUUGACUACGCCCGUACCCGUCUCGCAAACGACGCCAAGUCUUCCGCCAAGGGUGGAGGAGAGCGUCAGUUCAACGGUCUCAUUGACGUGUACCGCAAGACUCUCGCUUCCGAUGGUAUCGCUGGUCUCUACCGUGGUUUCGUUCCAUCGGUCGUUGGUAUCGUCGUCUACCGUGGUCUGUACUUCGGUAUGUACGACUCCCUCAAGCCCGUCGUCCUCACCGGAUCUCUCCAGGGCAACUUCGCUGCGUCUUUCGCUCUCGGAUGGGUUGUCACCACUGGUUCCGGUCUUGCUUCUUACCCUCUGGACACUAUCCGUCGCCGUAUGAUGAUGACCUCGGGUGGUACCGGACCCCACUACAAGAACAUGGUUCACGCCGGUUCCGAGAUCGUCAAGGCCGAGGGUGUCAAGUCUCUCUUCAAGGGUGAGUUGGGCAUCUUUGUUGCUUCAGCAGAGAAGAACGAUGCAUCCAAGCAUCGGAAGCCUUUCUGCGCGAUCGGCAAGGACGAGUUUGCGCUGACAGUCGUCACCACUUCAUGCUCUCGUCUCUUCUCUGCUCAUCUGCAGGUGCUGGAGCCAACAUUCUCCGUGGUAUUGCCGGUGCUGGUGUGCUUUCCGGUUACGACAAGCUGCAGGAGCUUCUCCUCGGAAAGGUCUACAGCGGUGGUUCCGGAUAA